GAAAACAUUUCCCAUGAACUUCACCGACAAGUACAGUUGGCAAUGCUUAUAUUAAAAGCAGAAUGCAGACGUUUGUUAUGACCAAUUCCCGGAAACCGGCCUCCUUUCGUGGAAACACAAUGUUGUGGUUACGCAUGCGCAUCACUUCAAAAGGGCCUUCCGCUUGAAUUAAAUUGAUUUGGUUUCACACUACCGAGAAGUGAAUUUGGCGAAAAUGCUAAAGAAUGAUCGGUGUUGGCGAUGUGAUGUUACCUGUAAGUCACCGACUUCGAAGGUGUGCUGUAGUAAAUGCGAGGUGGCUUAUUACUGCAGCGAAAUGUGCAGGAACAGGGAUCUGUUUCGACAUGAGGUGGACUGCCAAACUGCCACCUUAAAGAGGAAAUGUUCUGGAUGCAGUAAGGAAAGUUGCCGAUUGAAACAGUGCGGUAGCUGUCUGCAAGCCUGGUAUUGCGAUCAGGCUUGUCUGAGGAAAUCCUGGCCCGCACAUAAAGUUUCUUGUCAAAAGAUGACGAGAAAUACAAGAGAAAUGUCUCUAAAGAUUAAGAAACUCCACGACCUCACAGAGUUUACGCCAGGCACUGCAACGGUUUACUACUGGGGUAACAUUCCUGCACAAGAUCUUAUCAAAUUUCCGCUGAACGAAGGUGCUGAGUAUUCGAAGCCUAUGUCAAUCCUUGCUUGUGGUGUUGGUGACCCACGCAAUAUCGUGUUGUCGGUCUCAAAGCUUCCAGAAGUUUACCAAGAAGAGCUCACCUUUGUCUUGAAUGACAUUUGCGCCUGUACACUCGCCAGAGCGAUACUUUUACUUUAUAUGAUAAUCAAAGGCGGAGAGCAAGCUGCAAGUUCCGUGACGCAGAUUUGGUAUUCACUGUAUCUCAGCGAAUAUGAUUAUAAGCUGGUUGUCAAUGCCUUGGAAGAUUUAAUCCAAACGUCCAGCCUUGAAGAACUGACAGAAGGCAUCCUGAGGAUGGAGCAAAACCAACUUCAUGAAGUCGCGCAAGUGUGGCGAACUUGGCUGGAACUUAGCUCACGGAAGGAAAAGUGGAUAACGGAAGCCCGAAGAAGACGCUUUGACAACCCCGGAGCGAAGGAGGGCAUGAGACUGCACUUGGCCGAAAUCCCGAAAGAGCAUAAAAAGUCUGCAUCAGAUUGGUUUGCCAACGGGAUCCUGUUGUCCAAGGAAUCGAGAGGUGCGCUUCUUUUUGAAAAUUUCACUCUGACAGGUUCUGACUUUCAGAUCAGUCGUAAUAAAGGCCCGUUCUCUUACAUCAUUCAGUCUUCGGUCUCUCCCUUCACAUCAUGGGAUUACGAAGAUGUCCGCCGUGUAAGCAGUGCACCGUCAAUUCUGAAAAUGUACAGUGAGUAUGUUAGUCAGGUGCUCAAGAGAUGCUCUCUGAGGUUGGUGACAGGGCAAGUGAAAUUUCACUUCCUGUUGUGCAACUGUAUGGAGAUAACUCCAUUCCUUCCUCCAGACCGGAAGUACGAUCGAGUGACAACCUCAAAUAUCGCUGAUUUUGUACCACUGGGGAGACUUCUGGAAAAGUUGAAACCACACAUGAAUCCCAAUAACCCUUCAUCAGUCAUCAUCACUGAGUUUCAGAACUGGAUCCAGUUUACAGAUUGGGAGUUCAAGGCUGCCAAAUUUGCACGCGACUUGCCACGAGGGGACAACUUUCGCAAGAAAGUCCUUGAAGACACCAAAAGUCAUGCCAUCGCCUAUUCCACCGCGAGACAGGCUUUCGUGGAGUACCAAGACCACUGUGUAGAGUUCAUCACUUACCUCCGAGCUGCUUUGGUGACCUCUGAGGUCCCUUUCCAGCGUAAUCGCAAGCUCACGUGGUCAUCAGUAGCAGAUUAUAACGGGUUAAUUGUCCGCAACUUCCUCCGCUGCCAAAAUCGCGUCUUUCCAGCUAAGUGGCUGUUAAACUGUCGCCGAGUGACCAUGUUAAAUGGCUUUGAAAGAGCUGUCGAGUGGAUUGUCAAACCGACUUAACAAACUACUUUUAAAGUGUCUUUCCUGAUAAGGGACAGGUGAGGAGGAAUUAGACAAUAACAGCUUAGACAAGUUAUCAUUUAUUCUCCUGAAAGCCACGUUUCUGUGGUGUGCUUUCAUUUUGGCAUUGCUUCAGUACCAAUGAAGCUUACCGUGGUUGAUUCAUGCAGUUUACCAAACAUAGUCAUUGUAACAUUGUAUAGUUCAAAAAGAACCCCUCGCGUAAUAUCAGUAACGUUACGCGCCUCGUUGGCUAUCUAUCAUCUCAUAUCCAACUCGCGCUCGUGGAGUGAUUGUUAAUUAUUGCAUAGUUUGUCCUGCGCAACAGUUUAGUGUGUUCGCUUUCUAUCUUGUCAUUUUGUCUCUAUACUUUUGUUUUUUUAAGUGUUACCAAAAAGUUCUUCAAAGUUAAGAAACGAAAUCCAUAAUUGCAAAAAUAGUGAAUUUAAUGUUACCGCACUGAUUUGUUUUUUUGCAACGAAAAUUGAAGCCCAACGCGCGCUGGAAGCAACAUGUUGCUGUGGCCAUCCUGUUAGUGUUCCUCUCGUGACCAUAUCAUGCAGCGAAACCGGGUAAAUAAUGCAUUGAAAAUUCAAAUUUCUUUUUGUCUAAUUUCCGAAAGGGCACACACUGAAGUUAUGGCACUAAUAAGUGCAGAUAUAUUUCCUCUAAAAUACUGCGCCAUUGUGAGCAUAAUCAUGAAGGAUGUUCUUUGUUUUUUUUCACUCGGUUUUACUCGCCUUUCUCAGGUAUCUACUCUCCUAAGUGGUAAUGAUAAUUUCAGCAGUGGACAUCCCAUUAAGUUGCUCUUCUUGCCCACUGUUUCCAGGUCGACUAGGAAUUUGGAAUGUUGGUUUCUGUGAAGGGAGGAAAACCGAAGGACCCGGAGAAAAACCCUUGGGGCAAGAACAAAAAUCAACAACAAACUCAACCCACAUUUAACACCAGACGCGGGACUCGAACUCAGGCCACAGCACAGUUGGGAGGCAAGCGCUCUCCCCACUCCGCCAUCCCUGCACCCCUAACUUAGCCGGUUUUUAGACAAGUCACGUUCUAACGAAUUUAAGAAAGAAAAUAAUAAUUAUUAUGAUU